AUGGCUCUCCCCGUACCUGAAGGAAUUGUCUGGUUCGAUCGAGGCAUCCUCAAAAACGAGGUUGCCGAUCUCAACGAUCCCAAGCAGUUUCCGCAGUUUGCGCUUGUGGAGGUGGUGACCAAUCGUACCUAUGACGAAGGUUACAAAGGUUAUAAUGACCCUUCGAUCCCAUACGAAAGCCACCCGAGGGCCAGCAAGCAGGCUGUCUCUUUUGACGCUACCAAGUACGUACGAUGGCACAAAUUCACGUGCAUGGUGGGACCUACUGCCAAAGAUAUCAAAAGACAGAUUCAGUGGAGUGCAACAGGAGAUGCCCGAGACUUUGAACGACGCACUAAGAAGACCAAGGUGGCAUAUCUCCCCAUUCCCAUGCCGACAGUUGAGGAGCGCUUCUUGUGGAUCGAUCUUGUUUUCCCCGUGCGUGCUAUCUACCUGCCUCUCAGCCAUGUGGCCGACCAGCGAAUGAAGCGUUUCGCCUCAUACAUCCAACUCAACUUGCGUCUCUACGAUAGCCUGUCCCUCAAGACGUACAGGGCGCACGACAUGCCGAUUGAAAAGCUUGCCAGUAACGUAGGCAAGAAGGUCGGAGACCUCCUGGGUAAUACAGCUGGAGCUGUCUUGGGGAAGGUCGGGAAGGAUGUUGGGCACGUCGCCCAGGAUGUCGUGGAUGGACAAUUCAUUCCAGGUGCGGAGGAACCCGUUCAAGAGCCGAACCUACAUGACGAGCUCAUGAUGGCUCUCGGCGGGGAUAUUGCAUCUUACAAGACGGGUCAGCUUCUUAUCAAGCCUGAUCGCACCACUGGACUCAAUUGGCGACCUCAGUGGACCAUGCGCAUCGAUGCCAGAGCGUUGACCGAGAUGCUCAUGAUACCCUCAUAUAUGCGCUACAGGAUCUAUGCCAGUCCUUUUCGCUACGCCAAAUUGUUCCACGCCAGCGCCGUCGACAACAAGAGCGCACAGACAAUCAGCGAGAAGACCAUGGACCCGUGGGUAGGCAUCGACUACGCCAAUGUUGUCACCAACCACGGCGGCAUUGUUGUCGACUACAAGGCCACAGGGAUCCCACAGAGCUCUAUCGAACAAAUCCUACUGGGUGUAUUAACGGCUCAUGCCAGUGCGCUCCCUGUUGCGGGCACAGUUCUGUCCCUGGGACUGGGCUACCUGGCAGAAUAUCUCGACGAUCCAGACGCCAUGCUAACGAAUCAUAGUCUGGCAAAGAAAGGUACUGAGAUUGGUCUGGCGUUCGCGCAGGGUGCGUGGAGCGUCAAGAAAUACUAUGCUAGUGGCAAUGUCCCCCAUGUGUCGCUCCCUCGUCGCGGGCCAAGGCGAGCCUACGCUGAAGAAGAUGAGAAAAAGUCUGUCUAUGUUGGCCCAGAUGGAGAGAAUGGAGAGAAUGGAAAGAAUGGAGAGAAGAACAAUGGUACUGGGGGAGAAAACAAGGAUGCUCAGGUCGACACUGGAUCAGAGUUAUCUAAUGCCUGGGUGGAUCCGCAGAGGAACGUCGACAUGGAGGAUGAUGAUGAUAUGGUUAACAGUAGCUGGACAUCUCUCAGCUAUGCCCCCGUUAUCGUCGAGGCAGCCAAAGGGAACUAA